UCUAAUAGAAAGCUAAGAUACCCUUUAUCCAAUGCCUGAAACUAUUGACUUGAACUACAAGACAAUCAAUCUCUAAUGCCAAGAAUUCUCUUCUUCCACCCAUGCAUUACCUUACUUUCUUUCCCAUCUUCCUUCCCCAUAUAUACCAUGAUUACAAUGUCAAUGAACAUUACAAAAAAACUUUAACCAAAAACUGGUAACUUGAAAUGGAAGCUUUUAUUCCAUGCAAAAAAGGGUCAGCAGAAAUUGUGUUUUUUGACUUAGAAACUACAGUACCCAACAGAGCCGGCCAAAGGUUCUGGAUAUUGGAGUUUGGUGCAAUUGUGGUUUGUCCAAGGAAGCUUAUUGAGCUGAAGAGUUUUAGUACCCUGAUAAGGCCAAAGGAGUUGUCUGCUGUACCAUUGAGGUCCAGUCGAUGUGAUGGGAUAACUAGAGAAGCUGUUGCAAAUGCACCUGAAUUUGAGGAAGUUGCUGACAAAAUAUUCAGCCUUUUGAAUGGCAGGAUUUGGGCGGGCCAUAACAUUCAGAGAUUCGACUGUGUCCGCAUUAAGGAGGCCUUUGCUGAGAUUGGUAGGCCUGCUCCUGUAUCUGUUGGGACCAUUGAUUCUUUAGGAGUCCUAACUGAGAAGUUUGGCAGAAGAGCCGGAAAUAUGAAGAUGGCAAGCUUAGCUGCUUACUUCGGGCUUGGGCAGCAAAAACACAGGAGCCUGGAUGAUGUUCGAAUGAAUUUGGAGGUUGUAAAGCAUUGUGCAACCGUGCUCUUUUUGGAAUCAAGCCUCCCGAGCAUAUUGAAUGGCAAUUGGCACAAAUCCCCCACAAUAACGACACGAAGUAGAAGCAGCAGUACAGGAAAAUUGACAUGCAGGGAAGAAACCAGCAGGAAAUCUCCUCCAACUUCUAUUGGAUAUCAAAGAACAGUGCCCUACACAAGGGGAAGUUUGGGAAAGAUGACAGAAAGAGUGAAGAAUCUUUUGCUUAAGGCCCAAGGAAGCCAGCCUCUUAACAACUUUCUCAAGCUUUCUCAUUCAUUGCUCAGAUGAGAUCAGGAUUCAGAAAUGAAGGCAAUUUCACUAGAGGAAGAACAGAGAUAUAAAAGGAGAGAUUGCAAAAUGAAUUGGAAUUAAUGUUCAAUGUGUUUCCGAUUGACAAGAAUCCCUGUAAAGGGUUCCCUUCAAUGAGAGCAUGGCAUGCAGGCUUAAGAGGCUCUUUCCCUGCUUAUUAAUUUGAUGAAUUAUCUAAAAAAUUAUGCCAA